AUGGCAAAUCUUUCUAAACGUGAAUUUGUUGCCCUGGAUAUAUCGGGCAAAAGCUACCUGUCAUGGCUGAAAUUAUGUGAUGAAAAUAUCACUGAUAAUAUGCUGGAGAAAACUUUCACCACUUUCCAUGUCUUGAAUGUGCUCCUGCAGCAAUAUCGAGAGAUGGGGUUUAAAAAGUAUUCUGUACUAAUUUCGCAUCUUCUUGUAGCCGAACAAAAUAAUGGGUUACUAAUGAAACAUCAUGAAAGUCGACCUACUGGUUCUAGUCCAUUCCCAGAAGUGAAUGAGACUAACUUUCACCAAGCUAAGCGUGGAAAAGGUCGUGGUCCCAAUCCUCGUCGUGGCCCUAGCAGUGGUCAUGACCGUGUGCAAAGGAGAAACCCAGAAGAUAAAUGCCACAGAUGUGGUGCUAAAGGGCAUUGGGCACGUGCUUGUCAUAUGCCAAGGCACUUGGUUGAGCUUUAUCAAGCCUCCCUAAAAAGGGCAGAAAAGAAUGCUAAAGCAAAUUUUAUUUCUGAAGAUAAUGAUGACUUCAUGCAUUUGGAUGUAGCUGAUUACUUUGCACUCCCAGAAAUAGAUCAUGUAAUAAGAGAUGGAUCUGUAGAAACUUAA